AUGUAUCUUGAAGUCGAACAGUACGCCUGCAGCUGUGUCUAUGACGUAGCCAAUACAAUACUGCUUUUUCCACCUUCCUUUGAUGUUUGCAGGUCGUCAAUCAUUUUUGAAUACCUCAAAAUGGAUCGAAUAACUGAUCUUGUUGAUAAAAGGUCAGAGCAAGUCUCAAUAGAAGAAGGAGAUGGAAAGGCUCUUCGGAAGAUUGCUGCUGCCUUGCCAGGGAUGGAUACACUUUCAUCAACAAGUCAACAAGACAUGGUUGAGGUAGUUUUGAAGCGAGAGGCAAAAUCGUCACAAAUAGAGCAGCAAGGAGGAGGUUGUGCAUGCGAGAUUCAUUAUCUUGAGUAG